ACGCCGCCAAAACCACACCACAACAAUUCGUGGGAAAAAAAUGACGGAGGAGCAGCGGCGGAGCAAAAAGAGGAAGCGCGCUGCAAAAAAUAAUGCAUCUUCAUCCACCGCCACACCUUCCGGUGUCGCUAAUCCGACUAAGAGCAGCUCGAAAUCGAAGUCGUCCUUCCUCGAUAAGAUGAAGACGAGAUUAUCAGGAGGAUAUUUCCGCAUGAUCAAUGAGAAGCUUUACACUUGCAGUGGAGACGAGGCACUGGAGUAUUUUAAAGAGGAUCCUUCAUUGUUCAAUGUGUACCAUUCUGGAUACCAAGCACAAAUGUCACUUUGGCCCGAACAACCAAAUGAUGUCAUUAUAAAAUGGAUAAAGGAUCGUAGCCCUUCUCUAGUUGUUGCUGAUUUUGGUUGCGGGGAUGCAAGGCUUGCUAAAAGUGUGAAGAAUAAAGUUCACUCCUUUGAUCUCGUCUCAAAUGAUCCUUCCGUAACAGCAUGUGAUAUGUCCAACACACCUCUCGCCUCAUCCUCUGUUGAUAUUGCUGUGUUUUGCCUCUCACUCAUGGGGACAAACUUCCCUAGUUACAUUCAGGAAGCAAAUCGGGUUCUAAAGCCUCAAGGGUGGCUUUUAAUAGCUGAGGUGAAAAGCAGACUCGAUCCAACCACUGGAGGAGCAGACCCGAAUGAUUUCAUCAAAGCCAUAUGCGAACUAGGAUUUGCCUCCAAAUCCAAGGACCUCUCGAACAAAAUGUUUAUACUGUUUCACUUUCAAAAAAAGGAAAAACAAAAACCUAGGGAUAUCAACUGGCCCGAGCUAAAGCCUUGUUUGUACAAGCGCCGUUGAGUAGCUUUAUGAAGCCCGGCCAGGUGAAAAUUUUUGUCACGCGUUGAUGCGGUUCUAAUUAUUGAAAUCUCAUUCGUAUAGAAGAUUGAGUUGUAUCUUGUAGCAUACUACUAUCUCGUGACAUUUCUCAAGUGUUGUAAUUCAAUUAGAAAGGCAUGUUUUCUAUUAACUUUAUGUGGUUUGUGCAGAUAUUCAUGAAAUAGAAUCUAGACCAUCUAUUUUGUGAUCCAA